AUGCCUCCUGCGCUCCUCUCCGAGCACAGGUCGAAGCGCCCGUUCCAGCCCGCCAUCACCAGCUACUUCUACUCGGCCCCCGACUCUGACACUGACGACGACGACGCGGACUACCACGGCCCUGGCCUGCGCUCCAUCCCGCAACCACCACCCCACCCAACCCUCGCCCCACGGCUGCCGGACCACGUCCAAUCCUCGCUCCUCAGCGUCGGCAUGCGCGUCCGCAAAUCCGUGCCGGAGGGCUACAAAACGCCCAAACCACUGGCUCUCCAACCACCGCCCACGCACCUCCAACCACCCUCCGCGUCCGCGCUCCUCCAAACCCCCCACCGCAAGCCGCACACCGCGUACCACGACUCGCCGCUCGCCAUCCCGCUCGACCCCGCCGCCCCCUCCCUCCAGCACGCGCGCGAACUGCUCCCCUUCGCCGGACUCCCCAAACCCACCGCGACCAACCCCACCGCGACAUACGCCUACGCUGCCCAGCCCGCCCCGGCGCUCUUCCUCGCCCCGCACGCUUUCUCCACGCCGUUCCCCGACGCCGUCCGCGCCGCGGGCAAGCGCUCGUGGGCCGAUGCUGCAGCACCGCUGGGCCCGCGCGCCCGCGUCGACGAGGUGCCUGUGAGUCCGCUGUCGGCGGUGCCGCCGCCGCUGCCGGGGAGGGUGGUUGCUGUGCCGCGGCGGCGGAGGAGGGGGGUGGAGGUGCAGGUGGAGGUGGAUGAGGAGCGGGGCGACGGGGAUGUGGAAAUGGAGAUUGGGAUGGAGAGGGGGAGUGCGGGGUGUGAGGGGUUUGUCGAGGGCCGGGUUGCGGCCGGGUGCGCGAGUGAUUUUGAAGAGGCGGAUUUUCUGGCCGGCGAGGAGCGGGAGCGCGAGGUUGUCAUGGGGGGCGUGUGA